AUGAAUACGCAGCACUCAUGCGUGACGAGCACGAUCUCUCCACCAAAAGAGGGGGAGCGUUUCACUUUCCUUGUGAAACUUAAACAGCUGCACGCAACGCACAAGCAGCUAAGAGCAGAGUUGGUAGCCAAUACAGAGUUCUUCGUACUAGCGCACGAGUGGUAUGAAAUUCUUGUGACGGUGGAUGAAGUGGAUGAAUUAUCCAGGUUGGAGUUCAUUCGCACACUGAGUGAAGAAGAGCACACCGAACCUACGGAACCGGGAGAUAGCAGUUACCCCAAUCCGACAAUAGUUCAUCGCUCUUAUGAACGAAAUGUUGUCAUAGUCAUGAUGAAGUACCAGCUCGUGAAGUUAGAUGCCCUGCUGGAAGAGGAACAGGAGUCUUGCGAAACAGCAGAAGCGGAAGUCCGUCGCAAUACCGCUGUUGAGGAUGAAACUAUGCGUCAAAUGAGAGAGGCAUGCUUUGACCUGCACGAUGGCGUUCGGCGCCAGAACGAGGAAAUCGAAGAAUGCAUGCAGAAAAUGAAGGGCUUCAGCGAUGCGAUCAUGAAGCAGUGCACGAAGAAUGCUGAAGGAUCCAAGUAUAUCAUCAAUGAAUUGAAGAAAGUUUCGGAGCGUAGCAAGGAAGCCACGCUCAAAUCACAAGAUAUGCAGAAGAAGCAGACGAAGGAACUGCAGGAUUGGAAGGAGGAAAGAAAAGAACACUCGCGGUCGAGCAGUCCAAGGACGGGUUGCAAGAGGAGACAUGGAGGUUUCGAAAUCCCGCCCUCGGAAUUACAGAGGUAUGAAAGAAUACUGGAUCAGAGCGAGAAAGAGCUGACGGAAAUCGACGAUUUUCUCAGUCGAAAUGUGGUCAAAGAUAGACGUUUCGGCAGCAGGAACAUGAAGGAAGGUGAGGGAGGAAUGACCUGCGUGUAUUGUAAGGUAAGAGGAAAUCACUACUCCGACGCGUGUGCGGAGGUGCGCUCUGUGUCCAGGAGGAUCGAGUUGUUGAAAUCGGAAAACAGAUGUAUGGUAUGCCUGGAAUUCCAUUUUGCACCAAAGUGCCCUAGGAAUACACCAUGCUUCUACUGCAAAUCAGGUAAUUAUCGCGACGACCUCGAUCAUCAUUGCAGUAUUUGCAGGAGGCCCGAAGAGUUCGCCGAUAAAAUGAGACGCAGAGAAGAAAUCAAGGUUUUGAUCGAUAUAUGUGAAAGGGCACUGGAAAGCUCGAAGCCCUGUUCUUCAAGAUGGUCCGGUUCGAGACGAGGAAGGCCAGAGCACGAUCGUGAGCCUUCGCGGAGAUCGCAAGCUGAUAAGAGGACGGUUGAUGAGGAGUGGUAG